AUGGGUUUAUAUCGCAACAUCCGUAUAUUUGGCUCAAUAACAUGGUGUUUGAUAAGUGUUCUAAUAUUCUUCUUUUGUAUAUUUUGUACAAAUUCAUAUCAUAUCAAUGUCACUAGCCAUGAGUUACGCACCAGAUUAAUGGCAAAUGAAGUAAAUGCUGAUGAUAUUGAUAUAUCAAAACUUGAUGAAGAUGAAAGGUUGGCCAUGUUGUAUAGACAAAGGCAAGUGGAUACGCUUAAAGAGUAUCUUCAGCCAAUAGCCGCAGGUUUGGCCAAGGAAAUGACUGAAUCUGAAAGAGAGAAGGAGUUUGGUAAGAAAUUGACCCCAGAGACUGUAAAGGCUAGGCAAAUGCAGUCAUUUAUACCGCAUGAUUACACUUAUCCGCCCACAACUGAAUUACCUUUUCAAAAUGACAUUUUAAAAUCAAGGUUUCCACAACAAGAGCCUAUUGACCAUAGAAAAAAUGUAGUAUACAUACCUACUAGGGAGGAAAGAUUUCAGUUAUCUCAAGGCAAUCCGUCAAAUUUUAAAGAACGUGAUCCAUACCGCGUUCUUAAAUCCAAAUAUGACGCACAAAAUACGAAAAACAAUACUUUGCAACAAAAUAAUGCAGUUGAAUUUAACCUAUCAGAUCAUAGGCCUUUAGAGGGCGUACCGGAGACAUUAAACGAUGGCUGGGAACUAUUACCGUGUAAGACAAUUUUCAAACACAAAUUAAUGUACCCUUCUAACGAAAUAGAUCCAACGUUAAUUCCUAAUGAAAACAGUUGUGUUUUUGUCAAGUUCCAAUUUUUUGAUGCGGAAACUAAUCGCUUUAUUUAUUCAAACAAAGAGCUAGGUGGGGAUUUGUUGGCAAUUGAACUGGCCAAUUGUGAAUAUGGAUUCCGUCAGUGUUUGUUAAGUAUGUAUGCCGGGGAAAUGGCGGAAUUCGUUAUGCCAUUUAGUGAGUAUAAUGAGAAAAAUCGUGAUAUGCCUAUGUUCUACGGAGUAAAUUGGGUUAGGCUAUGGGCAUACAUGAAUGACUGCCAUGAUGGGACCUUCAAGUGGUGGGAUUUGGGUCCAUUUGAUGCUGAUUUGCUUCAAACAGAAGACUACAAGGGUAAAUCCAAAAAGGAAUACUGGGAGAAACGCACUGAUGAAAUGGUAGAGAAUAUUAAGGCCGAAAUGGCAAACAAUCCUUCGAGUGUUUAUUGGCAUGAAGCCCUAGAAAAUAUGAGUGAUAACCAAAAAAAGGCAGCCAAAGAUUAUUUCGAAAAUGAAUGUAAUGAAUAUGAAAAAAUGCAACACAUGGAGUACAGUGGAUCGCGUGGUUUUAGGGAUGCAAUAAAGGAAACAGGACAAUUCAACGGGUUAGACGUAGGUCAUAUUGUCGGCGGUAGAUCCACUUAUUAUUGCUACAAGGAAAAUGAAUUCACAAUUUACCUGGCCAUCCCAGUAAAACCGGGUAUAAGAGCACAGCAUGUAAAUAUUGUGAUACAAAGGUACAAAUUAUUAGUGCAAAUUGGUAAUAAGACGGUCCUGGAGGACGAUUUGAUUGGAUCAAUUGAUGUAUCCCAAGGUACCAAUUGGUGCAUGUCUGACCAAGCCAUGAAACAUGAACCAUUAGAUCCAUUGCCAGAUGAAACCCUCGGCACUACUUUGAUGGAAGAUGAUUUUGAAUCUGUGUCUAAAUUGCCCUCAAUUAUUAUUGUUAUGGCUAAGGCAGAUCAUCAUCGGCGAAUUUGGGGCUCACUAUUUGAAAAAAUAUGA